CCAACCUGGCCCUUAUAGCAAAGACCAGCUCCGUCCAGCCCAUAUCACUCUUUGUCUUCUUGCCUCCCCUGACUCUCUCCCACCCUCUCGCUCUCUCUCUCUAAAUUCACAAUCACUGAAAUUCUGCAGUCGCGAGAAUGAACAGGGUGACUGCAAGGAAAGUUGUUCCUGCUACUAAUCAAAUAUUCAAACUUUCAAGGAAGAAAUUUUUCAGUGAUGAAGCUGCAAAAGCAUCUACUGCUGCUGCUUCUUCCCAAUCUAAUCAGGAGAGUGAUGGCAACCUGAGUUUUACUGGCAAUGUUCAGCCAUAUGACAUUGCUAUUGUUGGGGGAGGCAUGGUUGGCAUGGCCCUAGCUUGUUCCUUGGCAACCACGCCAUUGACAAAGCAUUUGAGUGUUGCCAUCAUUGAUAGCAGUCCUGCUUUGGCCAAUAAACCAUGCAUAAAGAGAGAAGACCCACCUGAUCCAAGGGUCAGUACAGUCACACCUGCAACUAUAUCUUUUUUCAAAGAUACUGGUGCCUGGCAAUAUGUUCAACAACAUCGACAUGCUUAUUUUGAUAAGAUGCAGGUUUGGGAUUACACUGGCUUAGGAUAUACAAAAUAUGAUGCAAGAGAUGUAGACAAAGAAGUUUUAGGGUGUGUGGUGGAGAAUAAGGUGCUCCAUAGUUCUCUGUUAUCACGAAUUGAGGACACAGAUUUCCAAAAGAAAAUAUACCAUUCUAGAUUAACUUCAAUGUCUCUAAAUCCAAGCUCGUCAUCCAUAGUGGUGGACAGUACAGCCUCAACAGAAGCAUCAUAUGCCAGGGGACGUUUAGCGAAGCUGGAACUUAGUGAUGGCAACAGCCUAUAUGCAAAAUUGGUGGUUGGAUCUGAUGGUGGGAAGUCACAAGUCCGGGAGCUUGCAGGAUUUAAAACAACUGGGUGGAAAUACUCGCAGAAUGCGGUAAUAUGCACUGUAGAACAUUCAGUAGAAAAUUAUAGUGCAUGGCAGCGGUUUCUACCAGCAGGUCCAAUUGCACUUCUGCCAAUUGGAGACAAAUUCAGCAAUAUUGUUUGGACCAUGAACCCAGAGGAGUCAUCUGAUUUUAAAUCAAUGAAAGAGGAUGAUUUUGUGAAAGCUAUAAAUCAUGCUCUGGAUUAUGGAUAUGGUCCUCAUCAUAAGUCAAGUAUACCAGGUAGUGCAGGCAUGUUUUCAUGGCUCGGAGGAAAUGUGACAAUAUUUGCUAAUGAGUCUUUUGAAAUUCCACCAAAAGUGGUCAAGUUGGCAUCUGAGAGGAUGGCAUUUCCAUUGUCUUUAAUGCAUGCAAAUGAAUAUGCAUCAAAGCGUGUUGUUCUGAUUGGUGAUGCAGCACACACAGUUCAUCCUUUAGCUGGCCAGGGAGUUAAUUUGGGUUUUGGAGAUGCAUUUGCUCUUUCAAGAAUCAUUGCUGAAGGAGUUGCUGUGGGCAUGGACAUUGGGGAGGUAUCGUUGUUGAAAAAAUAUGAAGCAGAGAGAAAACUGGCAAACAUGACUAUGAUGGCUAUUCUAGAUGGCUUUCAGAAGGCAUACUCCGUUGAUUUUGGCCCUCUAAAUAUACUACGUGCUGCUGCAUUUCAUGGGGCACACUUUAUUUCGCCACUCAAGAGGAGUAUCAUUUCGUAUGCCUCGGGAGAGCAAAGACUACCACUUUUUUCUUGAGCCAGCCAUACAACAUCACGAAUCAGACUCAACUUCAAAUUUCCAGAUUUUGUAUGACGCAAUAAAUUGUAAUUUUCUCCACACUACAUGCACUGCUAACUCGCUAAUAUCCAAAAAGAACUAGAAUAAGUGUUCUACCCUUUUUCAAGUGGAUAUUUGCUUGUAUGUCCACUUGAACCCGGAUGGUAAAUACUAAAGCCUGCCUUGUAAAUGAUGGGACUCUGUUAGUAUUGCCGGAAGCUUGCGUUUCUUGUAAAUGCUUGGGCUGCUGAUUGUCGCACUUCUUACUAAAACUAGUUCAAGAAGAUUUGAUUA